UUUAAAAACAUAACAUAGUUAUUACAACGACGAUUAUUUAAACCUGAAGAUUUAUUUUUAAAAAGCGAUUUUUUGAUUGAUUUGAACCGAACAAACAAAAUGUAUUCGAAAAUAUUGUUUUUGAAUUUUAUUACAGCAUCAUUGAUGAUAAUGAUAAUCAAUUUUGAUGUAACACUUGUGUUUGGUUCUUUGGAACAUAUAGAUGUAGAAAAUCCAGAAUUUCGAGAAGCAUUGAGACAAAUGGAAAAACAAAUGGCUGAAAAAAUUGAAUCGAAUCUUAUUUAUCGAGUCCUAAAAGUUGAUUCUGCUAAAUCACAAAGGGUUAAAAACACUUUAUAUAAAACUAAAUUAAUAAUGGGUGAAACCCCAUGUAAAAAAACUGAUAUUGAUCAUAUUAAUAUUGAUUCCUGUUUAUUUACUGGUAAUCAAUUAUAUUGUGGUGCUGAAAUUUAUAAACAGUUCAAUGCUGGUUAUACAUUGCAAAAAUUUCAAUGUAUCUAUUAA